UGCUGCGUUGGUGACGCAGUUGGACGGGAUGUACGCCUGAGCAGAUUAGCGCUUGACCUGCAGGAUUUGUUGCUGGAGACGCACCUGAUUCACGGGAAGUAGAAAGAAUGAUCUGGAUUUAAAUUUACCGUGACCAAAGCGAAGCCAUGGCAGGUUUUAUGCAUUGCAUUUUUCGGGGAGUUUUUUGGGCAUUUCUCAUCUGAGAUCUGAUGAUGUGCGAUAUUCCUGCUGCCAGCGGAAACGUGUAAUCCCUCCCAGAUUACGGCGCACUGAUGGAUUGCGUCCUGUCGUCCAGUAGGCUGGCACUAGGGCCUAGCCAAACGAAUCCAACCGGUAUGCCUGCAUCCUGACUGCUGAGGUGAAACCACUCAGGGCAGGUCAUUCUGUAGGCACCUGCGUCCCCGUCGGUGCCAAAGACGAUGAGGAGAGCUGUACUCAAAGAAGCCGCCAAGCGAUUCCCCUGGCUGGCUAAUGUCACCUUGUACGGAUGCUUAUUCGCAGGCGGUGACCUAGUCCACCAGCUCAUCGCUCAGAAGGAGCACAUGGACUGGAAACACACUCGCAAUGUCGCCAUCGUGGCAAUCAGCUUCCAGGGAAACUUUAACUACUUCUGGCUACGCGCCCUGGAGAGGCGCUUCCCUGGAAAGUCCGCCGGGAUGGUUUUCCGCAAACUGCUGCUGGACCAAAGCUUCGCGUCGCCUUUGGCCACCAGUGUCUUCUACACCGGGGUGAGCUUCUUGGAGGGAAAGGAGGACGUCUUUGAGGACUGGAGGGAGAAGUUCUUCAACACCUGGAAGACUGGACUCAUGUACUGGCCAUUCAUGCAGUUCCUCAACUUCGUCCUGAUGCCGUUGUACAUGCGGACUGCCUUCAUGGGCUGCUGCGCCUUCCUCUGGGCCACCUUCCUGUGCUUCUCUCGGCAGAACGGCGAUGGCACGGCCGGAGUGGCUUUCGCGUUCAUCAUGGACCCACGUAAAACUCUGGAGGAGAUGCGUGAGGCCCGGCUGGCCCGGAAGAAGCAAAAGACCCAACGGGAAAACUAAAGCGAGGAGGAAGGAGUGGAAGAGGAUGCCGCUUCAGUCAUUCAGGUUGUUGAGCUGUGGAGGAAAGACCGAGAGUUCGUUACCUCCACUUAAACCAGCACGAUGAGAGCUGAGGAGCGAAUGAAAGCAAAAUCACUGAAUACUCUCACUGUCUGUCACAAGGGUUGACUGAUGUGGAUUUUGAAGGCGAGUUUUUAAAUUAAGGGCAUUGAUUGACAGGCAGGAGUCUGUCAAGGAAGUUUAUGAGUCCAGCGUGUUUUAUUGAUUCUUUUUAUGGCGAUGAACGUUUUUAGGAUUUAUGAAAAUAUGAUGUUGUUUGUGUACCAAUUUAAAGGCUCUCACAGCUACAGGAGAAUCUUCUAAAGCUACACAUUAAUGCAGUACUCCAGCUGGUACCCAGAACUCUUUAGUCAGUUUUGGUUAGAUCAGUCUGGUUACAUCCACAAGGGUCAGCCUCAGGGUUCAGUAAGCGUCCGUCCUUUUUCAUGCAUUUUUAAUCUUUUUGGAGCAACCAAAGGUAAAAGUCCUGCAGCUCUGCUCACUUUUCUUCAGACCCUCUCCCUUAUUUUGCAUCUUUAUAUAAAGCAAUGGUAAAUCAUACGAUUUAACUGUGCAUGAGCGACAACAUGAAGCUUGUCCUUCAUUUCUCGCUGCAAAGGUUCAUUCGGUGUGAAAACUUGUUAUUAUAUUUACUUCGAGUACACUGUGAGUCAAGGUCAAGGUCAUUAAACUGGUUCCUGCUCAGGGAAGCAUGAAGGCUCAUUUAAACUCAUUAGAUCAGGUUAUUUAAUGUGUAGCUGAGACGUUUUUUGGGUCAAAUGAGGCUGCUGGUCGUCACCAUUCAACCUCAGGGAGCUUAGAAACACACCAAGAAGCUGCUGAGAUGCACUAUACUGCCAAAAGUAUUCGCUCUUCUUCCUUCCUUUAACCAUUCAUCCACAAGCCCCUUUGUGAGGUCAGACACUGAUGUCUAAUGAGAAGGCCUGGCUCACAGACUCGGCUCUAAUUCACCCCAAAUGUUCUUAUCAGGUUGAGGUCAGGACUCUGCAGGCCAGUCAAGUUCUUCCACACCAAACUGACUCAUUCACGUCUUUGUGGACCCUGCUUUGUGCACUGGUGUGCAGUCAUGUUGGAACAGGAAGGAGCCAUCCCCAAACUGUUCCCACAACAUUGGGAACAUGAAAAUGUCCAAAAUGUCUUGGUAUGCUGAAGCAUGAAGAAUUCCUUCCAUUGGAACUGAGGGCCAAGCUUAGCUGCUGAAAACAACCCCACACCAUAAUCCCCGCUCCACCAAACUUUACACUUGGCGCAAUACAGUGAGAGAAGUACUGUUGUCCUGGCAACCACCAAACCCAGACUCGUCCAUCAGGUUGCUAGAUGGAGAAGUUUGAUUCAUCACUUCAGAGAACACAUCUCUGCUGCUCUAGAUGCUUUACACGCUGCAUCUGACCCUUUGCAUUGCACUUGGUGAUGUAAGGCUUGGUUGCCAUGGAAACCUAUUCUCUCGACACUGUUCUUGAGUUAAUCUGAAGGUCACAUGAAGUUUGGAGGUCUGCAGCGAUCAACCUCUGCUCACUAUGCACCUCUGCAUCCGUUGACCUGUGAUUUCAGGUCGGUCUACCUCUUUGUAGCUGAGUUGCUCUCUUUCUCACUCACUUCCACGUUUCUUUUUUAUAAAACCACUAACAGCUGACUGUGGAAUAUUUAGUAGCGAGGAUAUUUCAUGCCUGGUCUUGUUGCACAGGUGGCAUCCUAUCACGGUACCACGGUGAAAUUCACCAAGCUCCUGAGAGCGACUCAUCCUCUCACUAAUGCUUGUAGAAGCAGUCUGCAUGUCUAGGUGCUUGGCUGUACACGCCUGUGCUCAUGGAAGUGAUGCAACGCCUGAAUUCAAUGAUCUGGAUGGGUGAGUGAACACUUUUGGCAAUAUAGUCUAUUUUUGCUCUGGACCAAAGUGAAGCAAACAGCGAUGAAUCAGCACUAAAGCAGCUGCAGGGCUAAAGCUGAACAGCAGAUGUUUGCAGCUGUGGUGACGUCUCGACUUCAAACAUCGCAGGUUUCACUUGAAAUAAAUGGGGACGUUUUAUCUGACAUAUCGAGCCACGGUUACUGGUUCCUGAUCUGAUCUGAGCCUGCAGCACAGCGGAGCUCCUGAGACCAGUUUCAAGGGCUGAUAUUUCUGCUUUAUACCAGUCGUGCCUUUUUCUGUUGACAACAAGUCUGCAGAUGUGUUUGGCUGACUGGUGACUGCCAUCAGUUACAAUCAAUACUACGAAAGAUGUGUGUUGCUGUAUAUUUAUGUGUGUAUGUACAAUUAAAAACGUAGUUGCGCUGGGAUGCACUGACGUAUCUGCAGGAUAAAAACUCAGAAAGGUUCACUCUGUGUGAUUGUGCUCAGUAAAUGUCAAAGAAAUCAAACUUGAGAAUUUAAAAGAAUACCCGCUAAUGCCGCUAGAUAAGUAAUAUUAAAAAUAAAUAUACAUGAAGGCUCGAGCAGGCAGGUGAGCAGUUAGACAGUAAAGAUAGAUGACUGUCAGUUACUUGCAUCGGGUGGCUUAGAAAUGUGGUGGGGACCUUUUUAAAGGAGGCAGUUGAGAUGGUUUGGGCAUCCAGGUAGAAUGUGUCCUGGGCACCUCCUUUUGGCCGAUUUCAGGACACACCCAACUGGGAUGAGACCCUGGCCUGGACCUAGACCUUCUUGGAGAGAUUAUACAGCUCAUUUGGUCUAAGAACACCUGGCCUGGGCAGCCUGCUGCUAGUUGGACACAACUUUGGAUUGGUGGGAGAUCAUAAAUGGAUUGAUGCACAAGUAGAAUUACAGAUGUUUCCUCCUUACCUCCUCCCUUCCUGCCCCUACAAGCGUGCAAACGUAACCUAAACCUCACGUUUAUGUGGAGAAGAAGCGACUGACCUGAUGUCCUGUUUCCUGAGAUGCGGUGUUACCAGAAAACAUCUGUAUCAAUACAGAUACACAAGAAGAAGAGUUAGACCAUUACUAGAAGGUUACUUUACUUCACUGAAGGCCUGGAGGGAACCCAGAGGGCUCAUUAUAAGUUAUUAGAGCAGGAUACGUGUCAGUGCAUCCCACUUCUGCUGUGUUUGAAAUGUGAAGUUACAACAUUUGAAUCCUGUUCUGUUACUUGAACCAUCCAAUACAGGUGAGUGACAAAUUAAAGGAAAAGUAAAGUGCUGAACCAAAAUCUCCCACCUGUGGUCAGCUGGGUUGAGAUCAUGUGACUGUGAAGGCCAGAGCUAGUGAUGAAUGUCAUCUUCAUCCCAACGCCCUGCUAGGCCCCGAAACAGCAGAAGGAAGCGUUCCUUCACAGGAUGAAGCAGGAGGCAGCGAGCCUUCCCUCGCAGGUUUCACUGGUUUUUAUUUAAUUUGUCACUGUUCUGUAUUUUGCCAUCAGCCCAGAAACCUUACUGUGUUCACAUCACUUACCUGAGUUACACGAGUUUAGCUUUACUGACUCUGUAAGAAUUUUGGUUUGGUGUUAUCAGAUGAGAUCAUGUAUCAAAUGAAAAACAGCCCUUGAGUGGAUAAACCUAGAAAUCCUGUUUUCCAUGUUUAGAACAUUAAACCUCAACAAAUGUUCAUUUA